AUGGCAUACCGGCAGCCCUCAGGUUUGCCCUGGGCCCCGCCCCACCCGGCUCUGGCCCUGCCCCCUCUCGGCCCUGCCUGUUCCCCACCCGUCUCUGGCUCCCCGGGCGCUCCCUGCCAAGAUUCGGGCCUCUCGGGAACUUGUAACGGUUCUAACAGCUGGGAGGGCAAGGAGCUGCGGGCUGUCCGACUGAUGGUUCCUUGCUGUAACCGAGGUUCUCUGAUUGAGCCCUGCGUGGGUGAGGCACAGCAGCCAGGAGCAUGGAACUGGCAGUCGGAGCCCGAAGACUGGGCAAAGUCAAUUCGACAGGAAUUGAAAGCACAACUCCUCCUUGUCCCCGUAGAAAAGAGGCUAGUCCCGUCUCCUGAAGAGGCAGCACCUGAUCCUCUUAAAUCUUCACACUCUGUAAGCGUCCCAGAGGAAGAGGAGCAGCCCUGGAACUGUGAGCAGAAAUGGAAGCAGUUCCCGAAGGCAGUGACUGAGGCAGAGAAGCCCACGGUACUGGAGCUCCUGCUAACUGAGCUCCAAACUCUGUUCUCAGCUGUGCUGCAGGACGGCAGCCCUGCCGCUUGGCACUACCUGCAUGCAGUGCUGGGUCUGCUGCCUCCAUAUCGUGGGCUGCUCUGCGGCCGCCUUGAUUUGCUGCCCUUCCUAGAGCAGCUGUACCGCUGGGCACCCUGGGUCCAGUCCCAGCUCCAGCUGGACUUGCUAGAUGCCAUAAACCAGGCCUUUCCUCCAGACACCUCUUUGUUAGAGAGUUCCUCCCAUGCUGACUGCUGUCCCCAGAAGCGGAGUUUCCAACAUGGGCCCCCAGGACUAGCCUGCCCUUUUGUGCAGGCCCGGUGGGGUGGGCAGAAAGUAGAAGAACAGUUGGCCACAUGGCUACGACCAUUGACACUGCCCGAGCUACAGCACUGCCUGGGCAUCGUUGGUGCUGAGAUGGCUCUAGAAGAAACCUGGUGGCAGGAUGGCCUUGGCCUCCUGCCGUUGGCGCUGGCGACAGACAUUCCUGUACAGUAUGAAAGCAGUGGCACUGACAAGGCAGAGAAGGAGCCUGUUGGAAGAGAGACUAGGUCUCAGCUUGACAAUGAAAUUCCUGGUGCUGACUUCUUACCUAAGACUUCCUUCCUGGGUAGCCAAGUGAUGAUGAUUCUGCAGACAGAGAGAUACCUGAAGAAGAUCCACUUCCUCUACCUCAAUGUAGCUCCCAGCCGGUACUUUAGGCCCUACAGCCUGAUAGUGGUGCCACCAAACAAGGUGAAUCCUGAGCACUACAUCUUCUCUGCCUUUGGGAUCCUGCAUGUACAUCCUGUGGAGGGAAGUGAAACAAUGACCCUGGGUUCCUGGCACCGCCACUCUGUUCUCUGGCAACAGCUCCAGUUCAUUCCAUUCUUUAAGUAUUGCCUCUUACGCAAGGCCUUGACAUGUUGGAAGAAGAAUGUGAAGUUACAGGGGCUGCAUCGGCAUCGGACUUUCCUAGGGAAUCAUCUGCUGUUGGCUGUACCCCACUUUGGCACUGGACUGCUCCAUAUUAGCAGGCUUCUGCAGGAGCUGCACUCUGUGUCCUGGCUGCCCCAGGAACAGGAUCAGUGCUAUGACCUGCUGGAGUUGCAGCGAGCUCUAGCCAAAGAGAACCACAAGGCUCUGCGGCUGCUCCUCCGCUGCCUGCGUCUCUGCACAGCCAUUCUUCAAAUGGUUCACGAGGACACGUACCAAAUGCGACAAGGCCUGCAGGAGCGAGUAGAAAGCUGCAAGAGGAUCAGGACAGGCAAAGGAUCCAUAUACCUAAAAAGAGUGCAGUACCAGGAGCUGGAGCUGCGACUGAAGCAGGCAGAGACCUGGUUGCUGCAGCUGGGACAUCUCGCCCGCCUGGUAGAUUAUAUGAUUUGCCAGAACCUUGUGUCCAUUGUGGAGGAAGAGAUAACCUCUUUUGUGGACAACAUCCUGCAAGCCCCAAGGCAGAAUCCCUUUCUACUAACACAGCUGGUCUUUGACAAUUGUGGCCAACUGUCUCAUAUGCCCUCUACUGAAAAGAUGAUCCAGGUUCUAACUGGGGGCCUACAGUCUGUCAAGGCCUCUGCUCUUAAGGUAAUGCAAUCUGCAGACCUCAAGACCUCCUGGGAUACCCUGUAUUCCCAAGAAGAUGAAGAGGAGGACUCAGACAUGGAAUUCCUGAUGCCCAGGUUCCAGGGACAGCCCAACAAUGCUGUGCAUAUCUUCUGUGGCCGGGAUAUAGGACUAGUGUGGCCUUGGAAAUUGUUCCCAAACACUGGAACCCUGGAGGUUCGUGGAUACCGGCUGCGGGGCCAGUUCUCACCCCCCAAUUAUACACAUCUGCAGAAGGAUCUGGACAACAACCCUCGAAUCCAGGAGGCACUGACUGUACUACAGACGCGGCUUGAGGCCAUGCUGCAGGAGGUUCAUAAAUUCUGCGGGGAACAUCAUUGGAUGACAGGCAUCUAUGAAUUCCUGCAAGCCUGGGGGCCUGAGAAGUUGGAGGCCAUGAGAGGCUGCUCCAUCAAGGACUACCUGUCGUUGGUGAGCCGCCUGAAUGCGUGGCAGUCCCUUGUCUCCAAUAUGCCUAUCAAGUUGCUCACAAAAGGCAAGUUGCUGCUGCUGAGCUGCCAUGAGAUACAGGCAGAGAUGGAAUCCAGGCUGGGCAACAUCAGGAAGGACAUUCUUGCACAGGUGCAGAAUGAGUGCUGGAGCCGCACUCAGCAGCUAGUGACAGAGCUCACAGAUUUCAUGACUGUCUUCCAAAACAUCAAUUCCGACAUUCAUGCUAUUGCACGGUGUUCCCAAAAGUUGAACGAGGCCAACGAACAGUACAUCAAGCUGGAGGAACGAGUGGAAUACAUACGGUCACUUCAUGAACUCAUCCGCAACCACUUUAGCCUCUUUAGUGCUGAGAAUGAGGCUCUGGACAUCUCGCUGCUGGAUGUGUGGGAGGCAUUUCAGUUUGAGAGAAGUCAGGCCUCAGAGUUCCUGCUCAGUAAGCGACAUGCCAUCGUGCCCAAGCUGCAGCAGCUAAUGGCCGCAACAGUGUUGGAGCUGGAAGGCCUGCUUGAGAAGGCCCUUUCUGGUCCCUUCCUCGAUCCUGAGCAAGAGCAGAGGAGCACUGAGAAUCAGCUCAUCUCCCUGGAGUGUCAAUUCCAGGACACAGCCAGCUACCUCAGUGAACUGCACCAUGCCUAUGCCACCUUCACUGGGGAUGAGAGUCCUGUGCCCUUCCCAGCCUGUGGGGCCCAUCCUAUUGUGCAGCAGCAGCGCAUCUGGCACCUGUACCGAAUUGUCUCUGAGAACAUCAGCGAGUGGAAGUGCAUGGCUUUUGCAAAGUUCAGUUUGACUAUGGCCCAGGAGAAGACAGAUGGCUGGCUGACAGAAGCGGCACGGAUGAGUGCAACCCUGGGGCUACACAGCCCAGUCCUGCAACGCUGCAUGCACAUGUUGGAGGAGUUUCGCAAACACCUGCCAUUACUCACCAAGAUAGGCACCCUCCAGCUGCAGAGUCCCAACUGCCAAGCCCUUCUACGAGCCCUAGGGCUGGGCAGUCUCAACAAGAUGGACGUCCUAACACUGGGCCGUCUGCUCACUUGUCCACUACUGGAGUUUUCAGAUCGAAUCAACCAGAUUUGGCAGUGUGAAAAUGAACGAAUUCAUGCCCAAGAGAUCCUACGGCAGCUGCAGCGCUUCUGGGAAGCACGCCAGUUACGCCUGCUCAACUUCAUCCUGCAUGUUCCCUACGAGCCAACAGCCUCAGAGCGCUCCAAGAGGCAGAUGCUCCGUAGCCCCCAGUGGGAGGUAGUUGACAAGGAUAGUGGCACCUUCAUCCUCUCAGAUUACAGCAGUCUUCAGAAUUCCAUCUGGGAAAGUCUUCAGAGAUUGUUCAAGAUCCUGGCCAUCCAAAAGUCAGGAGACUUGUACAAAACAGCCCUGGAGUGGGUGACCAUCAUGCAUGGCCUGGGUUCCCUGCUGGAGGUAUGGGUGACUUUCCAGCAGAAGUGGAUUUUUCUGAAUAAAGUUCUACAUGAGAUGAAGAUCCAGUUUCCUAGUACUGACCUGAGCUCUCGUUUCAAGGCCAUGGAUGACCAGUAUCGGACGCUGAUGCGGAUCUCUUUAGCUGACCCACUGGUUUUGUCACUUAUAAUACCCAGUGCCAAACGGAGCCCUUACUUCCAAGGCCAGCAGCUGCAACAACUGCUGCAAGCAGGCUCGGUGGAGCUGGAAGAUAUCAUCAUGGCUCUGGAGAGCGUGCUCUAUGGGGUGCGUGCUCACUUCCCUCGCCUCUUCUUCCUCAGUGACAGUGAGCUGGUGGCCCUGCUGGCUGCCCCGCUAGAGUCUUGUGAGGCCCAGCUAUGGGUUCAACGCUGCUUUCCUCAUGUGCAUGCUGUGAGCUUCAAGUUUAGCCCAAGUAAUGAGGGGAAAAACCUGGAUAGCCCAGAAUCAAGCCAAAGCACACAGACUCAGGUGGAAGCACUUGCAGUGCACGGGGCAGGUGGGGAGAAGAUGAAGCUGCAGAGGCCUCUUCCUCUGCAUUCAGAUUUCCCCAAGUGGCUGGCCUCUCUGGAGAAGUGUCUGCGUUUGACACUGGUGCACAUGCUGCAGGACUGUGUGGCCGCCCGCCUUGCUCUGGGCCUCUCCCUGGAUGAGGACUCUAAACAGGUGUCCCUGCACAGCCAGUUGCCCCUGCAUCUGUAUUUCCACCACUGGCUGAAGUUAGUCCAGGAUUUCCCAUGGCAGUGCAUGCUGGUGGCAGAGGAGGUGGUGUGGUGGGCCGAGAUGGAGGAGGCUGUGCUUGAGGAGAAGACCCUGGCCAUGGUCCCCAUGCAGGUGCUCAAGCUUGAGGCACUGGUGCAUUUUGUGAAGGCCCAGAGGGUCUCCCAAGGUGAGCAGUGUCUGCCCUCUGUCCUCCAGACCAGCCUGCUCAGUGCCUUGGUGGUGGCAGCAGUGACUCACCGGGAUGUGGCACAGCUGCUGGAGGAGCACCAGGUCAAUGAUCUGAAAGACUUCCACUGGGCCCGCCAACUCAAGUACCACCUGGGUUUACCUCACACAGCCCUCCAAAGCCCUCUACAGAGUCUCAAGGCUAUUACUACAGAGACUUCUCUGUCACCAGCUGCAUGCUGGAUAGAUGUGCUGGGCCGGUCCUUCCUGUACAAUUAUGAGUACCUAGGUCCCAGACUGGGACCUCUACCCAGCCUGCUGCCUGAGCGGCCAGUCCUGGUACUGUUAUUGGCCCUGGAGGAGGUGGCUUGCGGGACAUUACUGGGCCCUCAUGGUGUGGGCAAGACAGCUAUGGUGACUAGCCUGGCACAGGCCCUGGGCCGCCAUCUGGUGAUGAUGCCCUGCUUGCCUCAGAUGGAAGCCCGGUGUCUAAGCAACUACCUGAAUGGAGCCCUGCAGAGUGGUGCCUGGUUGCUCUUGGAGGCAGUUCAGCAACUUCCCCCUGGCUUGCUUUCUGCGCUGGGCCAGCGCCUGGCCAAACUGCACCUUCUCUAUGCCCCACUGUACCGGGAGGCUUCCCGAAGCACCAGCACAAUGGAUCCCAUUGAACCCCAGCUCCUUGGCAGUGGCCUCUUUGAGAAACAUCACGUGUGCAUGCGCCUUGGCUAUGGCUGUCUCUUGACACUGCGUGCUCUGAGCCCUGCUGUGCCCGCCAAUUUGCACCUGCUGCUGCGGCCUGUGGCAUUGGCACUGCCUGACCUGCAGCAAGUGGCAGAGCUGACCCUGCUGGGUGCAGGGAUGCGGGAUGCCUCCCGCAUGGCUACCUGCCUAUCCAAAUUCUUCUCCCUAGAGCGUGAGCUGGUGUCUGGGUCCCUGCCCUGUCGCUUGCCGCUGCUCAAGCAGGUGCUGGAAGACACAGUGCAGACAUUAAAUGUGACCAUGAAGGCAUCCAAGUCCCAGCAGCCCUGCAGCCUUGCUGCCAUCGAGGAGGCUGCCCUACUGCGUGCCCUGCUGCACUCACCGCUGUUCAGCAUCCUCAAUGAGCAACACCUGCACAACCUCCAGGAACUUCUGUGUGGGCUUUUCCCUAGUGCCAGCCAAGUGCUGGCAGAGCCUGCGACCCCCAAGCUGAUGAAGCCACUGCUGGUGGAGGAAUUGAAGCAGCUAGGCCUGCAACCCAGCCCUGAUAUUUUGGAGUCCCUGGAGCAGCUGAGCAAGGCCCUAAGGCGGGCCUCAGGCAUUCUGCUCCUGGGUCCUGCAGGCAGUGGCAAGACCACUUGUUGGCACAGCUUAUUUAAGAUCCAGAAUCGACUGGCAGCCCUGGAGGACACCUCCAUCUACAACUACCAGCCCGUGGAAAUUACCCACCUGUACCCCAGUGUCCUCAGCUCCCAGGAGUACCUGGGAUGGCUAGAGGGUCCCUGCUGGCACCAUGGUGUCUUCCCCAGGCUGCUUUGUGCAGCCACCCAGUGUGAGUCCAUGGGCCCAAAAGUGCAGACACAGGAAUCAGUGGGAAUCCAGCGCUGGUUAAUAUAUGAUGGGGCACCCAGUGCUGCCUGGUUGGACUCUAUCACUUGCCUCCUAAGUGACCCCCCACAACUUAGUCUCCCCAAUGGGCAGCAGAUAGCACGACCCCCAGGCACCUUUCUAUUGAUGGAAGUGGCAGAUGCAACAGACAUAUCCCCUACAGUAGUGGGCCGUUGUGCCCUGGUCUGGUGUGGUGGGAAACAGACUUGGCAGUGUAUGCUUGGUGCCCUGAUGGCAGCCCUGCCCCAUGAGUACCAUCUGCAGCCUCAGACUGUCGUUGAGCUCAACCGCCUGGCUGAAGUUCUGGUGCCUGCCCUCUUCCGAUUCCUCACCCGCCAGGGUGCCAGCUCUUCGUUGCAGGUGCAUGGGCAGCAGGCUGUCUGCCCAGGUGUGGCUGAAGUCACCAGCCUGACCCGCAUCUUUCAUGGUCUACUUGACCCCUACCUGCACCUAGAUGAGAAGAAGGCACAUGGCUCAGAGGAUGUCAACAGUAGUGAUCCUGUGACCCAGAGCUUCAAGUCCUCAAAAAGCAGCUCUCUGAACAACCCGUCCCAGACUGACAAUGAUGUGCAGAAUAAGUGCAGGGAGCACUUGCUGGCUGUCAGCAGCUUUCUUUUUGCCCUGAUCUGGGGCUUUGGAGCUCACCUUCCCUCCAGGAUCUGGCCCCUCUUUGACACCUUCCUGAGGAGCUCUCUUUGUUGCCUCUCCAACUACCCUGAACUACCAACCUCAACCUUGGUGUUCGAUCUCCAUGUCUGCCCUGAAGAUGGGACACUGGUCCCCUUCACUGGCCAAUACCUGAACAGUCGCAUCAAGGGAAGUCUGGGCACCUUCACCCCUUCUCCUCAGACUGAACGGCUCUUGUAUGUGGUGGACCUGCUUCUGUCCCAGGGACAGCCAGUGCUCCUGGCUGGAGAGGCAGCAGCAGGGAAGUCAGCCUUUGUGGAGGUGCUAGUGGAGCCAAAUCACCCCUAUACGUACAGUCCCAUCCACCCUGCUUUCACGUCCAUCCACCUUCGCCUCCUGCUGAGCCAAGCAGUCCAGGGCCAAACACAAGCCGGCCCAUAUCCUGGGCGUCACCAGGAUUCUAAAGGUUUUCUCCUCUUCCUGCUGGAGGAUCUGCACCUGGCUGCUUCUGACCCAGAGAAAAGCUGCCAACCCGUGUUGGAGACUGUGCGCCAGGCCAUAGAUGGCACCGUGUACACUCAUAGCACCUUGGAACUGCAGACACUGCAGCCUAUGAUCAACUUCCUUGCCACCGUCACAGUGCCAGGCUGCUCUGAGCGCCCACUGUGCCCACGCCUCUUUCGACACUUCACGGUGCUGGCACUGGGCAGCAUGACCCGAGCCACCCUGCUGAGCAGACACACCCCUGGCAUCCAGGCCUGGCUUGAACGCUUCCCCUCUGUGGAGCGAGAGGGGAUUCUGGCAAAAGCCCUGGUCCAGGCUUCAGUGGAUGCCUGGGAGGCUGUGUGCAACUCCUUCAUGCCUUCACCUCUCCACCCCCACUACCGCUUCUCCCUGCACUCUGUGAGCCACCUACUGGGCAGCCUGCAGCUGCUGCCAACCAGAGUGGGCUCUCAAGGUUUUGUGGACUGUCCCAGCCACCAGGAGCACUUGCGCCGGGUGUCAGGCUUGCGUGGCACCCGCCUGACCGUUAUGAUGUCCAUGCGCAACAUGGUGCGUCUUUGGUUGCAUGAGGCACAGAGGACCUUUUGUGACCGGCUGGACAGCCCUAGAGAACGCUCCCACUGUGCCAAGCUGCUCCUAGAAGUAGCUCAGUGCAUCUUCUGCUGGGGCCCUGGUCCCCAAGGCAAGGGCCUUGUGGAGGAGGAGGAGGAGGAGGAGAGGGUACCUGAAGUGGAAUCUGAAGGAGAGUUGGCCCAGUGGGAAGACUUAAUUAACAGUGACAGUGAGACUGAGGAGGAGGAAGACCCUUAUGGCCUUCAGGUCCCCACAGGUUCAUACUACAGCAAUUCAAGUCUAGUGCCAACCAGUGAUGUUACACGACCAAUAAGCAGGGAGGCCAUGGAGAGCACAAGCCAGAAUACAAGUCAGGAAGAAGGCACUAUGACCAGCUACAAGCUCCAGCAAAACAGAUCCAAGAUUUGGUGGCAGAAAACACCCCAAAUGGACCUGGACACACCCUUAUUGCUACCAGUGCUGCUACUCCGUCCCCAGGAAAAGCCCUCAGAUCUGAUCUUCAGUCAGGAGCUGAUACUGGGAUCCAACUCUGAGAGCCCCAACUUGUACCUGGAGCGACAGUGGGGGAGCCUGGAGGAGCAGCUGGCCACCUCAGCUGCUCAGCUGAGGCUGAGCCCUCACUUCGCCCUGUGCCGUUCCAUGGCCCAGCAUGUGACCCGCCUGGUCCGGGUGCUGGCCAGGCCCCGGCAGCAUGGCCUGUUGCUUUCAGGGGCUCUGGGAACUGGGCGCCGUACUGCCAUCAUUUUGGCUGUUAGUAUUUGUCAGGCCCGCCUCUUCCAUCUGCCAUCUGGGUCAGAGGAGGCUAUUUUCCAGUGUCUACAGGAGGCUAGCUGGCAUGCUGGCGUGUUAGGCCAGUCAGUGGCCCUGCUGGUGCCCGAAGAUGUGGAUCUCACCACCCUUCACCGCCUGCUGGCCCUGGUAACCUCAGGAAGUUUCCCUGACCAGUACACAGAGGCAGAUCUGGACAGCAUUGAGGAACAAUUCCUCAGAGACAACCUGAAUAUCAAACAGAACAUCAGGAAGGAAAUGGUGCUGCAGAGGUUUUACCAGCAAGUGUGCAGCCAUCUGCACCUGUUCAUCCUGGUCAGAGAUGAGCAGGCUCGCAACCAGCUGCCCUCCACCCUGUUCCUGAGACUCCUUCAACUGGCCAUUGCCAGCAUUGACCGCUAUGAACCCUGGGACCAAGCUGCCCUGGUCAGUGUAGCCCAGCACCACCUGGAGGGUGUUCAGAGUCUACCCCUUAAUGACGGUUCCUUAAAGUUCCCAGAACUUCAGGCCUCAAUUCCAAGUGUGGCCAAAGCCAUGGCCCUCAUCCACCUUUCGGCUGCCAGCUACAAUGAGUACCAGUGCCCUCUACUGCCCUUCAUCACCCCCAAGACCUUUCUAGACUUCCUGGACACCUUUCUGCUGAUGCAGCAACAGAUUAUCCUACAGACAACGAGCAAGGCUCAGCGGAUCCAGAAUGCCCUGGAGAAUCUGAAAAUGCUGAUUGAGCAGCACACUGUCCACACCAAGAUUGUCUUCAAUUUGCAACAAGAGCUGAAAGUCUCCUGCAAGAGCCUCAGUGCAUUUCAACAACAGAUAGAGCAAGACAAGCUCCUGUACAAGCAGCAACUGGCAGAGUGUCGACAGCAGGAGAACCUCAUUGAGAACCUGGCCAAGCAGCGGGAUGCCCUGCAGGCCCAGCAGAAUGCUUUUCUGGAGCAGAUGGGCAAGGCCUUUCUGGGGCCUCUGAGCCAGCUGCAGGUGGCUGAUUUCGAGGAGCUCCGGAGCUAUCGCUCACCACCGGAAUCUGUGGUCCGCGUGACCAAUGCACUGUGUGACCUGUUCCACCAUGAACCUGGCUGGAGCAAUGCUAAGCAGCUGCUAUGCACUGAGGAUUUUUAUCAGGAAUUGGUGUUCUUCCCCAAGGAGAAGAUGACGGACUCCGAGCUGAUAAAGUUAAACACAGCUCUGAAGGGUCCAGGUAUGAGUGACAAGGCCCUGCGGGCAGUGAGUGUACCUGCAGCAAGCCUGGCAGCCUGGCUUUGGGCUGUUCUGCGCUAUGGGCUGGCACAGCGCCGAGGACUGCCCACGGGCCUGCUACUGCGACAAGUGGAGGCGACCCUAGCUCGGGAGCAGGUCCGCCUGGGCUCCUACCAGGUCCAGGUCCAAAAGAUUCUAGAGCGCAGUUUGGCCCUGAGUAAGAAGAUGGAAGAUGCCCAGGCCUCUCACAACCGUGUGGUGGAGAAUCUCAAUCGGGUGCAGCAUGACCAGUAUUACAAGUGGCCUAUAAAGGCUGCACUCCUCACACCCAUGCACUCCUGGACUGCAGAGCUCCAGAAGCUGAAGGGGCACUGCAUGUCUGUGUUUGGGGAUGCCCUCUUGUGUUCAGCUGCCAUCGUUUACCUGGGUCCCUUCUCACCACUGCGACGCCAGGAGCUAUUGGACAAGUGGCUGGCCCUGUGUAGGGGCUUUCAGGAGGCCCUGGGCCCAGAUGAUUUGGCACAGGCACUGACACAGAAGCAGAAAUCUGUUACCACGCCAGAGAAGCCCCUGCUGCCCACACGGUCUCCCUUCAGCCUUUUUUCCUUGCUGAGCUCUGACUCUGAACAGCACCAGUGGGACAGAGAUAUGAAGCCCCAGGUGAAGUCUGCCCGCCUGGUAGGACUACUUCUGCGAAGUCGCACCCACUACCAUAGUUGCCGUUGGCCUCUGCUGCUUGACCCCAGCAACCAGGCCCUCACCUGGUUGAACCCACUGCCUCUGGAAGAGAAUUGGUGCUUGGUCCCAGUCCCCAGUGAGAGCAGAGGGAAUGGCCUCAUGAAAAAGCAGGAGGGGGAGGGUAAUGAGGUCGACACGGAAGAGAAAGAUGAUGAAAAUGAGAAGAACGAUGAGGCUGGGGACGAGAUAAAAGAGCAGAAGGCAGAGGAAAAGGAAAAUAAGAAGGAAAAGAAAAUGGAGGAGAUAAAGCAAAAGCAAGAGGAGAAACAACAAGCAGAAAAAGAAAAUAAGAGAGAGAAAGAGUCCAAGCCAGCCUCUCAGACUCAACCUCCACCUCUUCCCCACCUUUGUGUGCUCUCAGGUUCUGACCCGGAACUGGGUCCUCAGCUCCAGGAGGCAGCUGCCAGUGGCCUGCCUGUGCUACUGACCAACAUGGAUCUGGGCCUAGGGUGCCAAGAACUGCAGUGGCUGCUGCAGCGAGAGCAGCUGAGCCCACCCCAGGUGCAGCCUGGCUUCUGUCUCUAUCUGAGCACUACCCUCCCACUCGGUGCCUUGAGGAAAGUGCUAGACUGUAACCUGCUGAAGCGCCUGAAUGUGCUGGACUUGGGCCUGAACAUGGAAGUACUAGAAGAACAGAUGCUGCAUGAAAUCAUGUGCAUCGAGUGUCCUGAGCUUGAGACCCGCUGGCAAGACCUAAAGACCAGAUCCCUGAAUACCUGUGAAGCCAUGGAGGCUGUUGAGGAGCGGCUGCUGGCGAUGCUGUUGGUCCAGAACUUGGAGAUCCAGAAAUCAGCUAAGUUCCUACGGAUCAUGCUGAGAGCCCAGACAAGGCUAUGUCAGCUGCGUGCCCAGUGUGAGGAGCUAGAAGACCUGAGGCUGCACGAGGUGGUAUUGUGGGCACCCUAUAGGCGCAUGGUCCGGCAUGGAAUGGCCUUGGUUCAGGCCCUAAACCCACUGCAGAACCUGCUGCCACUUUUCCGUAUGAGCCCAGAGAAGUGGCUGGCAGCCACCAAGAAGGCUCUGGACAACAUAAAGCAGCGUGAGAUUCAGCAGGGUGAGAACCUGGCCAGCCACCUACUGCAGCUGAGAGCACAGCUGACCCGCCAGCUGCUGGGCAGCACCGUGGCUGCACUGGGCCUCACCCAAGUGCCCUUGGUGGGUGCCUUGGGUGCUUUAGCGCUGCUGCGAGUGACAGGGAAAGCAUCAGAGCUGGAGAAGCUGGCGCUUUGGCCUGGAUUGGCAGCCUCUCCCAGCACAGGCCACAGCAAGCCAGUUCCAGGUAUGACUCGACCUGCCUGGAUAGGGCCGAGAGCAUGGCGCGAAUGUGGGAUGUUAGAGCUCCUGCCCCCAUUUGCUGGCCUGCGUGCAUCCCUGGCAGGCCAUUCCAAUGUUUGGCAGGCUUAUCUGUCACUGUCAUCCACAGUGCUAGGCCCUGUACCUGGGCCUGGUCCUGAUCCCCUCAGUCUCGUCCAGAAGUUGAUCCUGUGGCGUGUGCUGCGACCUGACUGCCUAGCAGGUGCCCUGGUAGAUUUCACCACCAGCCUCCUGGGCCGGCCACUGGAUGAAACCCUGGAUGCCCCUACCAUGCCCCUGGAGCACAGUCAGGCUACUCAACCCAUGCUGGUCUUGUUGCCACCACCUGGCCACCCCACAGCCGUGCUGCAUCCUCUCACUAUCAUCCAGAAACUGGCUGCCAAUCAUGAGCAGGGGCAGAAACAUCUGCAGGUGGUAGCCCUGGGCUCUGAAGCCUGGGAUCCAAUCCCAGUUGUGGUCCACACUCUAUGCCAAGCUAUGCACAACGGGUACUGGCUGGUGCUGGAUAACUGUCAUCUGAUGCCCCACUGGCCAAAAGAGCUGCUACAGCCCUUGAUGGACCUGUUUAAUGGAGCUAAGGUGGUCUCAGACCAGGAGCUGGAACUGCUUUUAGCCCAACCUGCUAGCAGAAAUGUGGCCACAGUCCACAGGGAUUUCCGUCUUUGGCUUAUUGUGUCUGCAGAGGCUAUUGCUUCCUUGCCAGCUGUGCUGACUCAAUACUCCAUGCCUGUUUUCUGGGACCAGUCCCUGGAGUUGAGCCAAGUCCUGAUCGACAGCAUAGAAGUAGCCCAGCAGGGACAAUACAAUCAACCAUCCACCAAGGCACUGCCUCUACUUUUCCUACAUGGCCUCCUGUUACACCGCCAGCUUUAUGGACUGAGGCUGCAGGCACACAGGGGGCGCUGGAGCCAGGUGACUCUGACCCAGGUUCUUCAGACCCAGAACCAGCUGUGGACCAGCCUCAGCAAUCCCAGUGCUGCCAUGCAGGAGCUGGCCGCUUCAGUUUUCUAUGGGGGUCGUUUGGGCGACACCGAGGACAGGAAAGCCCUGAAAAGCCUCACCCGAGCCUGCCUGAGCCCCAGCAGCAGGAGCUGGACCCAUCCACAUACACCUCAGUAUCUGCUAGCCACCCUGAUGCCUAGCCCAGAGCUAGGGGAGCUGGAUGCUAUGGCGGAGUGCAAGGCCCAGAUACACCUACUGCCCAAACCACCUGAACCCCGGGUCUGCGGACUGAGUGCGGGCCCCCAGGCCUGGCUGUUGCGACGCCAGAGUCGCGCUCUCUUGAGCGCUCUGCAGCGGAGUUCGCCCGCUUGGGUUCCGGUGGCUCGCGGAGGCGCCCGGCGCGCGGAACUGCGGCUACGGCAACGCCUAGCGCAAGCCGCGCGGAGGCUGGAGUCUUUGCAGACUCUGCUGACCGCGACUACUCGCCAACGAGAGUCUGGCGCCGAGUGGGCGGUGCUGGGGCCGGCUGCGCGGGGGCCUCUGGAGGGCUUCCUAGAGACUGAGGCGUUGGAACUGAGCGAGCUGGUGGGCACGCUGCAACGGGACCUUACCUGCCUGUUGCAGCAGCUGAAAGGCGCCCCCCCGUGCCCGUCCCGGCGCUGUGUUGCUGUGGCCCAGGCUCUCUGGACUGGUCGCUUACCUCCGCCUUGGCGACCGCAUGCGCCUGCCGGCUCGCAGCCGCCCUGGCACUGGCUGCGACAGCUGUCGCGCCGUGGACAGCUGUUGACCCGUUACCUGGCCGCGGGCACGGGCACCGAAGUAUCACAGCGCGUCUUCCACCUUUCAGCCUUUCGCCGCCCGCGCCGCCUGCUGCUGGCACUGCGUUGGGAGGCUGCGUUAGCAACGGCCGCCCUGGGCGCCUAUCCGCCCAGCCGGAAUCUUCCUGGUAGCCAAGGCUCAGGCUUCAAUCAAGCACCGCAAAAACGUCAGGAGCUGAAUAGCAACCCUCUGCACCUCUGGGUGGAGAAUGGCCCAAAUCCCCCGGUUCCAGAGAUGGGGCUGCUGCUGAUUGGGCUACAGCUCCUGCACGCCGAGUGGGACCCGAUAGCUGGGGUCUUGCAGGACAGUUCCUCCAGCCAGCCCAGCCCUCUGCCUCCGGUCAGCGUCAGCGCGCGGGCCCGGAGCACCAAGGACCUGCCACCCCGAGCCGGCCUGGCCGUGUACUCCUGUCCGGUAUACAUGGAAGGGGCCCUCGGCAUCACUAAGCUGCACAGCAGGAACAUCCUAAUGCACCUGCCCCUACCCACGAAGCUCAGCCCCGCCACCUGUGCCCAACGGAGGGUCCAUGUGUGCAGCCCACCCCUGCCCUGA